GGUAAAAAAAGGCGGAAAGAAAACAGAGACGUCGCUCGCGCGAGCGUGUGUGUGUGAGGUAAAUGAGUGGCUAACGGUGAAGCUAGCUCAUUUACCUCAGGUGUAGUUGAAGGUUUCUGAGAUUUGUUUCUUAGUAAAGAUUAAAGAUGGACGCGCUGGCUAUGGUGUUAGAUGAGGUGGCUUUAGAGGGACUGGACGGUAUCACUCUGAGCUCUCUUUGGAUCAGGCUGGAGAGCCGGCUGCCCGCUUUCCCUCUGACUCUAGACGCCUUGACCCGGGAAUAUGUGUGGAGAUUCCUGGUGUCCAGUGAAGAUGAAGUGUCCUUUUACCUCCUGCCUCAGGACAGAGCCCAGAUCACUUUAUACAACCGGUUUCUGGAGAUUGACCCAGAGACGGGGAUCCAGGAGCUGAGGGGUAUACUGGAGAAGAAGCAGGACAUUUACCCGGUCAGUGUGGUGCAGGAGGACCCGGGGGGCAUCCAGGGCUCAUGUCUGUACCACAGAGAGAGGAAGGAGCUGAACAAGCUGAUUCGGACUGAGACACACACAUCCCGAGUCACACUACAGGAGGCACACACACAGUGGGGGGAGAAGCUGGUGAUAGUGGCGAGUCAGGAGGUUCGAAGCCGAGCUCUAAUUGGCUGUGAGGGAAACCCGGAGGUGAAGCUGAGUGACCUGUCCUACUGUAUCUUAGAGAGACUGGGACGAGCUCGCUGGCAGGGGGAGCUGCAGAGAGACCUCCAUGCCAUUGCAUUCAAAUUGGACUCAGGGAAAAUCCAUUACCUGCGUAAAUCUCUGGAUAAAAACGGUCUGAUCACCAUGCAGUCUCAUGUCGUCCGUCUCCCAUCAGGAGCUCAACAACACUCCAUCCUGCUGCUGCUCAAACGCUUCCACAUCGACAGGAGGAGUAAAUAUGACAUCCUGAUGGAGUCGACAUCCAAAAUCCUGUCUGAGCUUCCUGACAAAACUGGCAUUAUGAUCAAACUGCGGGACCAGCUGCACAUCUGUGAUCGAACAUUUAAGAAGAUGUAUCAGUAUAUGCAGGCAGCUAAGAUGGUGAGUGUGAUAUCACUUCCUCUACAAGAUCUAAACCCAGACGCCGGACCCUUCAAGACUAAGAAAGGUACAAACGUCCUUGUCCGCUGUCUAAAACUUCUGAAGCCAUAUAAAAGAAACCAGAUAGAUGAUGAUGACGAUGAUGAUGAUGAUGAAGAUGGAGACGUACCUGUUAAAAGUAACGUCCAGGCUCAGGCUCGUGAUAUUGAGCGAGAUCUUCUGGCCCAGGCUUACGACAUUGUGGUGACCACAGGAUCUAAAGGUAUUUCCAAGACGGUGUUAAGGGGACGGCUGAACAUUGGGAAACUGGAGAGCCGCAUGAUCUGUAGGGUUCUGGAGAGAAACCAAAUGAUAAAGGGUUUUAUGGAGGAUGAGGGGAGACAGCGGACGACGAAAUACAUCAGUAAACUUUUUGUAGAGAAAAGCAAACUAAACCUGGACUUCAAUAAAGAGAAGGAGCGCAGUGAGAAACUCAGAGCACCACAGGAGGACACACCCGUUCUUGACCGAGACAACACGCCCGAUCCUGGACAGGAUACUGAGGUAGAACCCCAGGUGGAGGACAAGGUUCCUGCUAAAGCACAAAGGUCAAAAAGCAAACCCGGCAGAAAGUCCAAAUCAGCACCAAAAAAACAACAGAAGGAAGUUACUGCAUCACCGCUGUGUCAUUCCACACCUCUGAGGAAGAAGCAGCCUGCUCAUCCUAGAGUGAAGAGUAAGACCUCCCAGGAGAAAGAGCUUAGUGAAGUGGAAGAGAAAGAUGAUUUGCUGAACCAGGAAGUUGCUGCUGACCACACCCCCAGUGUCCUCAAUGACCAAUCCCAAGAAGCCGAGGAGAGCGUGACCAUGUUUGAGGAAUUCGGCCCAAAGCUAGAGACAACUCAAACAAGAAGAAAAAAAAAACUUGAAAUUCAUCAGACAUAUCGUCUGCUCAAGCGGAAGAACAUUAUCAUAGAAGCUGUACGCAACCUGAAGGUCAUCGAGGGGCUUUACACGCUGCAGAAGAAGCUGAUGGAUGAGGAAAAGCAGGAGGGUGUGAACACUAAAGUGUGUAAGAAAAGCAUUGUGAGACUGACUCGCUCUCUGGCUAGAGAAGGCUUCCUUAAGCUGUACAGGACUACAGUAAUACAAGAUGGUGUAAGCAAGAAGGUGGAGUUUGUCGUUCAUCCGACCAUCACUCCAGAUGACCAGUUAGUGAGAAGUGCUAUAGAACAGGUCCGGUUCAAGAUUUCCAGCUCCUACACAGUGCACAGGCUGAGAAGUGAGGAGGAGAAGGCCAAGGCGCUCUCUCAGGAAGCGAGUAAAGCAAAUCCUAAUGUUGAUUUUCAGGGAAAGACAGAAGAGAAGAUGGGCGUGAAGUCACUGAAGGACUUCAAACCAAGCAUAGUCCCAGGCCUGAGUCGCUCUCUGGGUUACCAACCAAAGAUGCCCCGUUUCCGUGUGGUCCACACCUUCUUGUGGUAUCUGAUCUAUGGUCACCCUCUAAACUCAUCCCAUCCCACUGAACCCAAUGCCUCGACUGUGACUCCUGACCCAGAGAUCACCACCGGGGUGCAUGACAUCCCUCAGUUUCCUGGCACAGAGGUGGUGCAGGACAGUGGGGGCACAGGGGCACCGGAACAGAAGCAGUUCACAGUGUAUGGUAAUGAGCUGAGUUGGAAGAGGUUUGUUCCUCCGUUGCCAGUUCACAGAGAGUUUGGUUACGGUUGGGCUUUAAUCAGUGAUGCCCUCAUCUCUCUUCCUCUCAGUGUGUAUGUUCAAAUCAUCCAGAUCAGCUUCAAGGUGGAUGGUUUGGAGGAAUACCUAAGUGACCCAGUGAAGCAGCAUUACCUCAUCAGGUUUCUUCCAUCUAGCAUCAAAACACGACUACUGCACCGACGGAAGUACUUCUUCAGUUUCUAUGAGAGUUUACAGAAGCUGUGCUACAUGGGCCUUUUACAAUUUGGGCCAAGUGAGAAGUUCAUGGACAAAGAUCAGGGUUUUUUCUUCCUGAAGAGACAUGCGACUAUCGUAGACACGACGGCGUGUGAGCCGCACUAUAACCUGGCUAUAGAGACACGGCCAUUCGAGAGGCGUCACUACACCUUUAACACACCACAUGAUGUAGAGAAUUACUGGUUUGACCUGCUGUGUGUGUGUCUCAACACUCCUCUAGGUGUGAUUCGUCCCCGUAGCCGUGAUGGUGAGGGUGAUGCGGAGCGAGAGGAGUCAGAGCCUGGUGCUGAUGCUGCAGUGGGACCUAGACGUUAUGAAAGUCUGCAGUACACACUAAAAGGGAGCUGUGAGGUCGUUGAUGAUGGUGUAACGCCUGGUGAUGGACAAGGGGCGGGAGGUUUAGACUCCUCCUUCUUCAGUCACCUGAAACGUAACUGGCUGUGGACCACUUAUCUUCCCAACAAACCUCGGAAGGCUGGAGACAAUCGCACUGUGCGUCUGAGGAACCUGCUGUCCAAACAUCCCUUCCCUAAAUCAAUAUGUGCUGUAUUUCAGAGUGGUGGUUCUCUGGCUCCUCCUACGAUAGCGGAGGAGGACGAGGUGCAGGUCCGUGUGGAACCCAGCUCUAGGAACCAGCAGGUACGUGGAGGAAAAAGACAGAAACGCAAGAGACAGAAGAAAGAAGUCAUCAAGCCACCUAUAAAGAGAAGGAAAUUGAAGAAGCAGAGCCUAUGUCAUGAUGAGACUGAUCGUAAAGCUCUGUUGAGAAUGACCAGACAGAGAGUGAUGUGGACUCAUCUGGAGGACAGCAUCCUCAUGCUGUGUAGAGUCGCCAGCCACUUCCUCAACCGCAAGAUUAAGAAGCCGUUUGUGGGGUGGAACGUGGUGCGUGAUAUCCUGCACAGAGACCUGGAACUGUCUCUGGAUAAAACGUCUCUCUCAGUGGGCCGACGCUCACGUUAUAUCAUGAAGAAUCCUCAGACCCAACUCAACUACAGGAUUUGCCUGGCUGAAGUUUAUCAGGAUAAAGCUUUGGUUGAGAAGUUCAUGAACAGACACAACAACUACACAGACACGGCUGUGUGUGCUGAGGAGUUUAAUGAGUUUGUAAGUGCUCUCAGGAUGAAGUUUAGUUCCAGCUGUGGUUCUAGUGAGGUUCUUCUCCCAGACACCAAAGUGGAACUUUUCAACAAGUUUAAAGUUUACACUAUUGGUGAUGAAUCUGCUCGGACCACAGAUAUCCUGAACAGUGUGGAGGAUAUACACACUCUGGUGCUGAACAAUCUGAUCCAGAGCACACUCGUCCUCUCGAACAUGCAAAUGAAGACCUGUCGUGCCUUUCAGUCGUUUGCUCUCUACAGUAGAUAUAACCCGGAGGUCCUGCAGCAGGUGUUCAGCUGUAAGAAGCGUGGUCUGUUAAACCGUCGCCGUGCCAACAAGCUCCUGGGCCACAAGCAGAACCGAGGCUUCCCCUGCCUGCCCAUGUCCUAUAAGCUGUCUCAGCAUUACUACAGGUAUUUCUCCUGGCGUUUCCCAAGCAUGCUGUAUAAUGAUGUGUAUGAUUUCCUGGAGGUUCUGGGUCAGAAAGGAGCAGUGGACCGACCCAACACCUUUUCCUUCCAGAGAGAGAAAGUGAGGGAUGAUGGAGAACAGGAGAGUGGAGGAGGAGAAGUAGAGAAUGGAGACCAGUGUCUGAUACCUCCCAGUGAUGUGGAGGACAUGGUUGUGUUGCCCAUGGACUCUGCAGGAGGAGCAACAGCAUGCUGUGUCACAUUGCUGACCCUGGGCCUGAUCAGUGUGGACGUCUCCAUACCACAGCAGAUCGUCGUAGUGGACAGCACACUAGUGGACAACGAGGUGGUCAAGAGCAUCACUAAAGAGCUGGAUGAGGAGGAUGAGGAUGAAGCUGGAGCUCGAUUUGAGGUGAAGGCUCACCAGGCAUCUCACACCAACUACCUGCUGAUGAAGGGAUACUUUGUCCCGGGAAUCAUCAGCCUGAGGAACAUCACAUCUACCGAACACAUCGCAGUCAACGCCUGCAGCCUGCGCAUCCGUCUGCGCAACACACACUCGCACUCCCUGUUCACACAGACCAACAGUGCAGUGUUUCCUGCUCUCUCUCUUCCCUCCUCUGUCUCCCACAUGAUUGACUGGCAGCAUGUGGUUGGACGGAACUUCCUGGAGGAAUGUGUGUCCAUGUUGGGUUACACCAGUGAGGACCUAAAGGCUGUGCAGGAGGUCAUGGUUACUGUGGAAACAGGGGCGGAGUUUGGCAUUGAUCUACAGGACUUGUACAGGAAGUGCACACACCUGCAACAGGUGGAGAAGGGGCGGAGCAAAACGUUGAAGGAUUACAUCCAGGAUCUGUUAGACUGUGAGAAGGUGUUGGAGGUGGGCGCUUUCUCUCCUCGCUUGGUCUGCAUGAACUUUGCUGAUGAGUGGCUGCUGCAGUGCCCUAAAGAACCUGAAGAACCUGUCCCUCAAAGAGCUCCACCCACCACCACUGACAUCAAUCCAGAAGCAUCUUCCUCAGAUAACUCCCCUGAAGCUCCGCCUACUUCACGCAAGCCACCCUUAAAGAGGCCAUUAAAUGAGUCGGACGAUGAUGUAGUCCCUCCUGUCAAGAGAUCCACCAUAGACGCUGUUACAACGGACACCGUGGAAUUCGAUGGAGACGAGGGUGGAGUUAAAACUCCUCUUCCACCUCCACCCACUUCUGUUAAAGAGGACGUGGUGCACAGUGAUGAUGCGCCAGCUUCACACAUGUCUGAAACUUCUGUAACUAAAGACGACAAUGUAACACAGAGUCAAGGUGGAGAGAAGGCUGAGAUCUCAGAGCAAAACAUGUUGAGAUUUGUAGCUCGUCCAUGGCGUGCAGUGGAUGGGUCUGUGAACAGGCCGGUGUGUAAGGGGAUGUUAGAAGCACUGCUGUUACACAUCAUGACCCACCCUGGGGUUCCUGAACCCACCCUGCUGCAGCAUUACAGCAGAGUCCUGCAGCCACUGGUCAUCCUAGAUCUGUUAAAGGUUCUUGAAGAAUUGGGGUGUGUAACAAAACGCUUCACGGUUAAACGGCCCAAAGUGUCUCUGUUUUCUCGCCCUGCCAUCCCCAAGGUCAAAGGUCAUGGAGAGGUUGGUGUGAUGGAGGAUGUGGUGGGGUUUUAUGAACCCACAGUGGACUGCAGUAUAAGAAUCUCUAAGCUCUUCCGCAUGAGUCUAGCUGGAACAGAUGGGUACAGAUGUGUGCACACUGAACACACACACACACACAUUCUUCAACAGAGUGCUUUUAUUUAAUUUAAUUCUGUGUAUAAUUAAAGCCAUAUAAUUUUCUGUAUAAAGUUAAUAAAUAAUGGUUUAAUUCUAA